AGUACCUUUGGUAUCAGGGUUUAUUAAGUUGGGGUCAAGGAAUUGGUUGUCUCGAAUUUAAAAGAGCUAAAAUAAUAUAUUUUUUACUGUAGAAAAAGUACUUAUAAUAUUAUUUUAGUAAUGAAACGUUAGUCGUUUUUAAAUAUAUCUAGUUUUCUGAGAAAUAAAUUUAAUUUACUUAUUUUUUAUUAUAAUUAUAAUUUUUUAUUUUAUGAUUAAAAUAAUAUAUUUUUGUAGGGAUAAGCUUAUGAAAGGAUUUCUAUAAUAAGAUUGUCAUUGAUUAGUUUGUAGGAUUAGAAUUUUCCAUUAUUUUUAGUAUGUUAUAAUUAAUUAAUCUAUCAGUGUGAUUUGAAGUUUAUUUAGAUUUUUUAUCAGAAUUUCUUAAAUAAUGAAGAAUUAUGAGUAAUAAUGAUAAAAUUAGUAUAAUUUAUUGUAAAAUUAAUUUUUAUUUACUAGGUUAGUUUAAGGAACUCGGCAAUUGAAUUUUCACCUGUUUAUUAAAAACAUGGCUUUUUGAAUAUAAUUUAAGGUCGGACCUGCCCAAUGAGGAUUUUAAUGGCCGCAGUAUUUUGACUGUGCAAAGGUAGCAUAAUCAUUAGUUUCUUAAUUAGAAGCUGGAAUGAAUGGUUUAAUGAGAAAUUAACUGUCUCUGACUAAUUGUAUUAUAAUUUGAAUUUUAAGUGAGAAUGCUUAAAUUUUUUAAAAAGACGAGAAGACCCUAUAGAGUUUUAUUUUUUAGGUUUUUAUUGGUAUUAAAGUUUUCUUUUCCUUGAAAGCUUAGAGAAUUUUGUUGGGGUGAUAGGAAAAUUGGUUUAACUUUUUUUUUGUUUUUACACUGAUUAGUGAUUUAUUGAUCCUGAAUUUUGGAUUAUAAGAUUAAAUUACCUUAGGGAUAACAGCGUAAUUUUUUUUGAAAGUUCAUAUUUACAGAAAAGUUUGCGACCUCGAUGUUGGAUUAAAAUUAAUUUUUGGUGUAGAAGCUAAAAUAUUAGGUCUGUUCGACCUUUGAAAUUUUACAUGAUCUGAGUUUAAACCGGCGUGAGCCAGGUUGGUUUCUAUCUUUUAUUUAUGUUAAUGUUCUAGUACGAAAGGACCGGAUGUUAAAAUUAUAUUUUGGAGUUUGAAUAAAGUUAAUUAUUUUGGCAGAUUAGUGCAAUAGAUUUAGAAUCUAUUUAUGUAACGUUGUUACAAGUAAUAUUGAUUAUGAAGGAUUUUAUUAUAAUUUUUUUAUCUAUAUUGGUUUUAAUUUUAGGGGUUUUGAUUGGUGUGGCCUUUUUAACUUUAUUAGAACGAAAGGUUUUAGGGUAUAUUCAGGUUCGUAAGGGUCCAAAUAAGGUUGGUUUUUUGGGUUUAUUACAGCCUUUUGGGGAUGCAAUUAAGUUGUUUUCUAAGGAGCAAACUUUUCCUAUAUAUUCUAAUUUUUCUAUUUAUUAUAUCUCUCCUGUAAUAAAUUUUUUUGUUGCCUUACUAUUAUGGAUAAUAAUACCUUUUUUAUCUGUUUAUUUAAAUUUUAUUUUGUCUUUAUUAUUUUUUUUAUCGGUUUCUAGAUUAGGGGUUUAUACUGUUAUGUUGGCUGGAUGAUCUUCUAAUUCAUCUUUUGCUUUAUUAGGAAGAUUGCGUGCAAUUGCACAAACUAUUUCUUAUGAGGUGAGAUUGGGAUUAAUUUUAAUGUCUUUUAUUUUUUUAAUUUUAAGAGUGAAUUUGAUCGAUUUAAUGAUUUUUCAGAAUAAUUGUUGAUUUAUUUUUAUAUGUUUACCAUUGUCUUUAAUGUGAGUGAUUUCUGCUUUAGCAGAAACAAAUCGUACUCCUUUUGAUUUUGCUGAGGGUGAGUCAGAGCUUGUUUCUGGGUUUAAUGUGGAGUACAGUAGAGGGAGUUUUGCGUUGAUUUUUCUUGCAGAGUAUGCAAGUAUUUUAUUUAUAAGGAUAAUGUGUGUCAUGUUGUUUUUGGUCCCUAAGUAA